GUCAAGUCAAAAUAUCUGUUGUGAAAAAGGUCUAGAGCCAAGAGUGCAAUUCAAAACAAUUUCAAAUAUUUUUGGUCUACGUGUUUUUCUACUCUGCUGCAGAUAAAAGCUGAGGUAGUCUGGAUGGGUCAACACAGUGCCUAAAUCUGUUACAAAAGAUAAAGGACAAUAGGACAGUUUGCUGCUGCGAGGAAAAGUACAAGCAGAAACAGCCACAGUGAGCUGGUAGAUGAAGCGAUGCAGAUGUACUGGCUGGACUGUGGCUUGUGUGAACAAGCACAUCUUCACGCCAACGUGCCAUAAAGGCAGCCCUGGCUCGCUUGCUCGCCACGAUGAGAACAGACUUCGCUCUGGUCCUGACAGCAGCCCUUCUUCUUGACACAUUCUGGAGGAAUAAUGGGGAGCAUGCUUCCAGUGGUCCCUGCCAAGCUGGCUUCUCACAAAGCUUCUACUCUGUGCUGAUUUCGAGGGAUGUACUGCAAGGCCAGGGCAUACUUAAAGAUACCCCAGUGUCAUCACAAAAAGUGAAGUUUGAUGACUGCAUGGGGAAUGAAGCAGUGGUUUUCCAGAGCAGUGACCCUAUCUUCAGCGUACGGACAGAUGGGUCCAUAUUUGCCCGGGGAGAGGGAGCCAGCCUGGACGAACCAGUCCAGUUUAAACUGACAGCAAGUGGUCCACACACACAUGUCUGGGAGACUGUGAUCCAACUGGCACUAAUUGACCCACUUUCAUCUCAACAAAAUGAAAAUGAGGUCACAAAGGAAGAGCGGAAAGUCACUGAGAGAAAAGAGAAGAAGGAGUUCCAAGCACCACCUCCUGUCAUCAUGUUCUCAGGGUCCGGCCUGAACAGCUCCAAGGGUCUACGGAGACAGAAGAGGGACUGGGUGAUCCCACCAAUCAACGUGGCGGAAAAUUCUCGAGGACCGUUCCCUCAGAUGCUCGUCAGUAUUCGUUCAGACCAGGACAAGGACAUCUCAAUCCGAUACAGCAUCACUGGGGUGGGAGCAGAUCAACCACCCAAUGAAGUGUUCAAUAUAGACCCCGUGCUUGGAAAGAUGUUCGUCACCAAACCUCUUGAUAGAGAACGUCGCUCUUCUUACCAUUUGCGAGCACAUGCUGUGGACAUGAAUGGGAACCAAGUUGAGAACCCCAUCGAUCUGUACAUCUUCGUCAUAGACAUGAAUGACAACAGACCCGAGUUCAAAAACCAGGUCUACAAUGGCUCUGUGGAUGAAGGCUCUAAACCAGGAACGUAUGUGAUGCACCUGUCAGCAUUCGAUGCUGAUGACAACACCACAGCUAAUGGAAUGGUGCGCUAUCGAAUCCUGUCCCAGACGCCGCACAGCCCCAUCCCUAACAUGUUCACCAUCAACAGUGAGACUGGAGAUAUUGUGACCGUGGCGCCUGGUCUUGAUCGAGAGAAAGUGUCCCAGUAUACCAUCAUCGUGCAGGCCACGGACAUGGAGGGCAACCUGAACUUUGGUCUUUCUAACACAGCCACUGCCAUCAUCACUGUCACGGACAUCAAUGACAACCCUCCCAUGCUGACCUCCAGAACUUUUUCCGGUGAGGUACCAGAGAACCGAGUGGAUGUUGUUGUGGCUAAUCUGACGGUGAUAGACGCUGACCAACCACACUCGCCUAACUGGAACGCCAUCUACAGGAUCAUCAGCGGAGACCCAUCUGGGCACUUCACCAUCCGCACUGACCCUGUCACCAAUGACGGCAUGGUAACCGUUGUGAAGCCAGUAGACUUUGAGAUGAACCGUGCCUUCAUGCUGACGGUAGUGGUGUCCAACCAGGCCCACCUAGCCAGUGGAAUCCAGUCUUCGCUCCAGUCCACAGCUGGGGUCACCAUAUCUGUCCAGGACGUCAACGAAGCCCCUUACUUCCCCACGAACCCGAAACACAUCCGCUUUGAGGAGGGUGUACCUGCUGGCACCAGCCUGACGACCUUCUCAGCCUCAGAUCCCGACCGACUACAGAUGCAGCAGACAAUCAGGUAUUCAAAGCUGAACGACCCUGCAGACUGGUUGUCCAUCAACAGAACCAAUGGUCAGAUCGUAACCACAGCAAUGCUCGACCGGGAAUCUGUCUAUGUUAAAAACAAUAUAUAUGAAGCCACAUUCCUGGCAACAGACAAUGGCUCUCCUCCAGCCAGCGGCACAGGCACACUGCAGAUCUAUCUGAUAGAUAUUAAUGACAACCCCCCAGCGCUUAUACCCAGGGAGUCUCAGAUAUGUGAGCGGAUAAACAAGAACGUCCACGGUGUCAACAUCACUGCCGCUGACGCAGACACAGACCCCAACGCUGGACCCUUUGUCUUUGAGCUACCCAGCCUUCCUGCGAGCAUCCGACGCAACUGGACGAUUUCUCGGAUCAGUGGUGAUUACGCUCGUCUAGGGCUGCGGUACCAGAUUUACUUAGAGCCGGGGGUGUAUGAGGUCCCUAUAAUUGUGUCGGACUCGGGGAACCCACCGUUGUCCAACAGGUCAGUCAUCAAAGUGAAGGUGUGUCCAUGUGAUGAAAACGGAGACUGCACCACUCUCGGGGCCGUGGCAGCUGCUGGCCUGGGAACAGGAGCCAUUAUCUCCAUCCUCAUCUGCAUCAUCAUACUGCUCAGUAUGGUGCUGUUGUUUGUGGUGUGGAUCAAGCGCAGAGAGAAGGAGAGGCAGACCAAGCAGCUGCUUAUUGACCCUGAAGACGAUGUCAGAGACAACAUCCUCAAAUAUGAUGAAGAGGGAGGAGGAGAAGAGGACCAGGACUACGACCUGAGCCAACUGCAGCAGCCUGACUCUUUGGAGCACAUCAUCAGCAAGCCGCCUGGUGUCCGCAGGGUAGAUGAACGUCCCAUCAUCCCUGAGUCCCAGUACCCAAUCAGACCUGUCGUGCCGCAUCCUGGAGAUAUCGGGGACUUCAUCCACGAGGGUCUGAGAGCAGCAGACAAUGACCCCACAGCUCCUCCAUAUGACUCCCUGCUGGUGUUUGAUUAUGAGGGCAGCGGCUCUACUGCCGGCUCUGUCAGCUCCCUCAACUCCUCCAGCACGGGGGACCAGGACUAUGACUACCUCAACGACUGGGGCCCCCGCUUCAAGAAGCUGGCCGAUAUGUACGGGGGAGGGGAUGAGGAUUAAAUCUGCCCAGUCACACAUGCACACACACACACCCUCGUCCCGUCAGCUGGCCUGCCAUGCUCUGUCCCUCUAACACAUGGGGCUAUUACACCCUUAUUGAACACACGUUAACAAUGACAUGUUCCCACUGUCCAACUACUGACCAACCAACCAACCAAUCAACCCACCACAGAGGACCAGUGCCAUGAGUCAGUUUCAGGUGCUCUUCUCAACCGUCUCCUGCUCUAAGCCUGUCUACGACUGAAACGGAUAUAUUACGGACUUAUAGUUUGUAUUUUCAAACUCUUUUGCUUUUGUUCCAUUUCAGGUUUUAUGCUAGAUGUAGAAUUUAGUCAAAUUUAGGUUUUCCUCUAGUUUCUGUAGCUUUUUUUUUUUUGUCCCCACUCCCCUUCAAUUCGAGCCAUUCCCUAUUCCUGAGGGGUUUCACUUUUCCCUCGCUGUCAGCCCCUGCCUGCCUCUCUGCAGAAGCUUUAGGUUGAGCUGCUUGCUUUGUCUGAGGGGAACAAAAGGGAAAAAAAGAAGAACACAGAUAUGAAAGUCCUUCGUGCACGGAGGGCCCUGGUUUAUUCUUUCUUGAACUUGAAUUACUUAGAACAGAAGCACUGUUGUUUAAAAAGUGCCUUCAGUGGUGCGUAUUUUAGCAGGCUCCCGCUAACUCAGGAUUGGUUGCCAUUUUCUGGGCUUACAUGCCCCCAUAUGACCCCUGACCCUUUAACUCAGACGUUCCCUUAUCAUUUCUAUCAUCCUGCAGGGCUGUGGUAGCUGCAGGAGAUGUCAGUGCUGGUUUCAGAGGAGCAUUGACUGGCUUACGAGGGCGCUUUAUGUAGACGUACUGUACAUAGGCCUACAGUGUGUCUGUAAGUUAUGGACAAAUCAUAAACUUUUCAAGUCAGGCAUAUCUGUGCUCCUAGAUCACAGCCAACUUGAAUGUGAUUACUGAAAUUACAAAAUACAUUAUGGGACUGUCUUAGAGAAGAAAUGCAUUGCGUGUCUUUUUUUAUUGUGGCUUCAAUAGCAGCUGUGUUUGUUUUGAGCUCUCAGUAUUUGCACCUGAAAGGGUUGUUACUACAUUUUGAAGAUUGACAAGUCAUGUGUGUUACCUCUAUAAUGUUACUGUAUAUGAAGUACAUAUGAGGGUUAUUUAAGGAGACUUUGUCUUUAAGAUCAUUUAAGGUUUGCAUGUAUCCCUUCACUCAAAGGUAAUUAACAUGGCACCAGUUAUUGUGUGGUAAAUGUGUCAAAGAAAACCAUAUAAACUGUACAAACACGAGGGGAAAAAAAACACAGGAUUACUUCAAAUAGCUCAGAUAGUGUUACAUACUGAGUUGUGAGCUGGUACAAGUCCCUUUCUCUCUUUAUUUUUUUCCUUUUGUUGAUUCACUGUUGUUUCUCAGCAAGCAAACUUUUAGUAUACAAACUUUGGUGCUGGUCCCUGUCACAGCGACUGGGGGUAUUCAGCCUCAACCAGGGAUUUAGCGCCUUCACAAUCUGUCUCUCUUCAGGCAGCAUUUCAUUCAUCUGAAAUUUUCUCCUAAAAUUUUUUGGCUGCAAGUUCAAGAGGUUUUGAAAAGAAGUUAGAGGAAGGGAAAGUCUGUUAUGAAGUUGUGCAUUUUAUCAAAGCAGACGUGCAAAACUAAAGCUUCAGUAAUAGCGCUUUAAAAGACAUUUUGAAAGACAGUUUUGUUGUAAGUUAAUGAAAAAGCAGCUCUACCCAUGGGCUUUUGUGAUCAUAUUUCGGGGCCCCUGCAUGUAGAGAACUGGGGAAGAAAGAGCUUUAGUCUUUGUAUUAAAUUAUUUAAAUAUGCAAAACAUUUCACAGAGGGACCAGGGAGAUGCUGGUGAAUGAUAGAAAGGUUUAAUCAUUCCUUAUCUUCUGAGUACCCAUUGAAACACUCCUCGCAGUUUCAACUUGAUGUGGACUGACCAGAUUUUCUAUUAAUUAUGAAUAUGAUGAAUGCUUGGAGGAAAUCUCAGAAACGACAGUGUUCUUCAGAUAAUGUAACGAGAAGGAUACUCCAAUCCCCUUUUUUCUGCUGCUGCUUUUCAACUGUUUAUCACCUGCUCGUGGUUCAUAUGAAUAUCUGAAGGUAAAAACAAUCUUUAGUUUUCAGAAAUGGUAAUAAAAACUGUAACUAUAGUUUCAGAGUGGACGAAAAAUAAUUAUCUUGUGAAGAUAUAAAUAGAAAAUUUUGCCUGUUAGUGCAAAUAUUCAUCAUGCCAUAACAAAGAAAUAUGUGUGAGAGUUUUAUUUGACUAUAAACCAGGAAAGGUCAUAGUAUAAUUAAAAAGGUAAACAGGGUAGGAAUCUCUUGAUUUACAUUAAUAGACAAACUGGUGCAAAUUGCACCUUGCGGUGUAGAAACUGAUAGUUUCAGGAUAGCUGUCAGCUUAGAGCGGAAACACAGUAAACAUCAGAGAAGGAGUUGUUUCCACAACUUGCUGCUGGAUAAGCUCUUUUCUAUCAGACUGCUCUUCAGCCUUCAGAAUAUCUUCACAAAAUAAACACAGCUGUUACUUUCUGCUAUUUGUGAUUAUUUCUGACAUAUAAAUGUUGUAUAUUCAGACCAUUUUUAUACAUUUGGUAACAUGA